AUGCACGCCAUAUCUGCUGCAGCUGUUUCAUCCCGUGCAGGUGAUGGAUAUGAUAUAGGCGAUCGCUACCUAACCAGAGGGGAUAACUUAGAAUAUCGCACGCAGACAUUCGCGACAGCGGAUUCGGGCAUUAGAAUACGUAUCAAUGUCAGGGGAAUGGUGUUCGAGACUUACGAACAAACUCUGGCCCAGUACCCCGAAACACUGCUCGGCUCACCAAGCAAGCGCGUGGAAUAUUACAACCCUUUGAGUAAAGAAUACUGCUUCGAUCGAGAUAAAUCGGUAUUUGACUCAAUAUUAUUCUUUUAUCAAUCUUGCGGGAUCUUAUCGUGUCCGGAACACGUCCCUCGGGAGAGCUUCUUUGAAGAAGUCAAAUUUUUCCAGUUACAUGAGGUUGACAAGCGUUACAAACAGGAAAUUGAGCCGGAAGAGGAGGUUGAGGUACCAAAAGAACUACCUACUCAUCCGCUUCAACGCAAAAUUUGGAAGCUCUUCGAGUAUCCUGAUUCGUCGAUCUUUGCCGAUUUGCUGGCGAAAUUUUCCCUUCUUGUUAUAAUCAUGUCGACUGUAACAUUUUGCAUUGAGACAUUUCCGUCGCUACGCCCACGGGAAGUUUGUCGGAACGUCACUACAAGAGCUGUAAAUGGUCGUGUCUCAAAUAACACGACCCUUUUUUCUUCACACGAUUCACAAGUCGUUUCUGUGGAAACGCAUUGCACUCUGCACGGCGAAUACUGGCAGACAAUAGAAGCAGCUUACGUCGCGUGGUUCACGUUUGAGUAUCUCAUGCGAGUGAUAUCUGCUCCGAACAAAAUGAAAUUUAUCAGGUCGCCCUUAGGUCUUGUUGAUUUUUUAGCUAUUUUACCUUACUACAUCACGCUUAUUUUUAGGGACGAUGGAACCUUAUUGACGUCAUUUCCGGUUCUGAGAAUAGUCCGGUUGGUACGAGUUUUACGGGUUUUGAAACUUUCUCGCUACAGCAAGGGCUUAAAGGUGCUGGCUCAAACGCUACUUAUAAGUGGAAAAGACCUUCCUUCUCUAUUUGCUGUUCUAAUAAUCAACAUAGUGCUUUUUUCCAGUGUGAUAUUUUACGUAGAAAAUGACGUCAAGGAUAAUGAUUUUGAAAGUAUCCCAGACGCCUUUUGGUGGGCGAUCGUGACCAUGACCGCGGUGGGUUAUGGAGACAAAGUGCCGAAAGGCGCGUUGGGUAAACUUAUCGGCGCUGUGUGCGCCAUUUCAGGAAUCGUGGUCCUUUUCUGCUUUCCAACGCCUGUUUUGCUCUCCCAUUUCGAGGACAUGUACAAAACCAAAGGAGAUACAGGGAAUAAAAAGGAAGGAAAACAAAAACAAAAAGAAGUCAGGGAACAGACCGAAGGCGUCGAAAAGAAGCAAACAGAGGUUCAGAUGGUCGGAAAAAGAGAGCGUGUUGAGAUAUAUGUUUAG